CCCGCCCGGGCGGCUCCGCCACCCCCGGCAGCGGCAGCGGCAGAGGCAGCGGCAGCUCCCGGCCAGUCUGUCUCCUGGGUAUAUGUCUGUGCUUGGCCAUGUCGUAUCCUCAGGGUUACUUGUACCAGCCGUCGGCUUCCUUGGCUCUCUACUCUUGCCCGGCUUACAGCACCAGCGUCAUCUCCGGCCCCAGGACCGAUGAACUUGGGAGAUCUUCCUCUGGCUCCGCUUUUUCGCCUUAUGCCGGAUCUACAGCCUUUACCGCCCCUUCUCCGGGUUACAACUCCCACCUCCAGUACGGCGCGGACCCGGCUGCAGCUGCUGCCGCUGCCUUCACUUCGUACGUGGGCUCUCCCUACGACCACACGCCGGGCAUGGCAGGCUCCCUGGGCUACCAUCCCUACGCGGCCCCCCUGGGCUCCUACCCCUACGGGGACCCCGCGUACCGCAAGAACGCCACCCGCGACGCCACCGCCACGCUCAAGGCCUGGCUCAACGAGCACCGCAAGAACCCCUACCCCACCAAGGGCGAGAAGAUCAUGCUGGCCAUCAUCACCAAGAUGACCCUCACGCAGGUCUCCACCUGGUUCGCCAACGCCCGGAGGCGGCUCAAAAAGGAGAAUAAAAUGACCUGGACCCCCCGGAACCGGAGCGAGGACGAGGAGGAGGAGGAGAACAUCGACCUGGAGAAAAACGACGAGGAUGAGCCCCAGAAGCUGGAGGAGAAGGGGGAGCCCGAGGCCCCGGAGACAGGAGCGGAGCCGAAGGCGGCGGCGGCGGCGGCGGCGGGCUGCGAGCGGCUGCACGAGCCGCCCAGCCCGGCGGGCAGCGCCUCGCGGUCCCCCGCGCGCUCGCCGCCCGCGCAGUGCCCCUUCCCCAGCAGCGCAGUGCUCUCGCGGCCCCUCUACUACACGGCCCCCUUCUACCCGGGCUACACGAACUACGGCACUUUCGGGGCCCUCCACAGCCACCCCGGGAGCAACGCGGCGGCGGCCCCCGGCACGCAUUUCAAUGGAUUAAACCAGACUGUCUUAAACCGAGCAGAGACCUUGGCUAAAGAAACUAAAAUGCUCAGGAGCCAGUCCCAAGUAGAUCUUUGCAAAGACUCGCCCUAUGAGCUGAAGAAAGAAAGGAUCCAGCCAAACAGCCUUGUUGCUGCUGGGAAGGGAGAGCAGAAGGAAACACAGGAUUCGCCCCAGGUGGCAGGGGCAGGGCGCGGAGCAGAUCCGACUGCCCUGCUCUGGUUUGACCCAAUUCACCACAAUCCCGUUUCCUUUCUUGCAACGCGCUCAGUCUGCGCUCUUGAGAUCUGGAGAAACUCCUGACCACUGUCUGCAGGGAGGGAUGUGCCGACACAAAGCAAAGCCGGCGUUUCUGGGACCGUGCACACGGGCUUCUGUGACACAACGACCCAGUGUUUGAAGGCGCAGAAGACAUGCAUUUGAAAGCUGGCAAACUGGAGCUCCUCACAUUUUUAGCUACAAGGGUGCCCAGGAAAAUGAUGUGUAUAUACACCUUCCAAUAAAUAGCAUGCUCCUGACACAAACCCACUACCAACACUGCUCAACAAGUUUUAUCUACCAGUCCUUGACCUGUGACUGCUUUUACAAAUGCUCUCUGUUCAUUAGCAGUUUCAGGUCACACUCAGUGCCUGUGUUACUAGCGCCCAGUGCGGCUGUAAAAUCAAGGUGUUCAAUACCAGCUGCAUUACCAGAGUGGUUUAUUUCCCCCUUUAUCCCCCCAGCCUCUCUUCCAAAAGCAAUAUGAUCUUCCAUGAAAAUGAAAAAAACCGUAGCUAUAUUUGCAUAAUUAGAGCAAUACUGUAGGUCUUUAAUGCAACAGACCUAAAAGGCUGAUUUAUGAUUAAAUAUGUAUUGCUAAAAGUUACCAAGCUGGGGAGUGUGCAUAGCAUUAGACAAUGACAGUUUUGGGGCAUAAUUGCUUUAAUGUGGGCAAUUAAGACUAAGUGCAUGUGAUUUUAGUGUCUGCCCUACAUUCCUCUGAAUGAUUCAAUGAUCAAUACACAUGAUUUGUAAGUCGCUUCCUAUUGAUCCAAUGGUAAAAUGUUUGACCUUCCUUUGAGGAAGUAAUUUGCUAAAUUGUGACACUACGUAAAGUCUCUCUCAGUUCAGAGGUGAGGGGUAAUGGUGCACAGAACGGGAAAAAAAAGUAUUUUUCCUUUUCAAUGAAAAUCGGUCUUCAUAAUGCUUCAGCCACUAUACUGCCCUCACCUUUGAAGGGCGGAGCCCAUCAGUUGUAUCUUUGAAGCCAACAGUGGAAACAUGACAUUGGAAAUUUAAUUCUGCCUUACACUGGGGGGAAUCUCAAAUGAACUGCAUCCAUUUACACUUCUAAACCAAACCACUGAGAAUCCAAGGUUAGUAGUUCCUGACCCUAUAAAAUCUGUGCUUUCUCAGAGCUGUUGUAAGAAAAACAUGCAGAGGAAGAGCUGGGGAAACAGAACAGUUUGCCACUGUUAAGAGCUAUAAUAUAUGAACCUCAUUGCUUCCUACACUCUUCGAGAGCUCCUUCUGAUUUGCAUCAUCAAGUACAGAAUAGCCCCGUUUGGUAUACUGCAUGAGCUUGUACCAAGACAUGUUGUUUUGCAGCUAAAACAAGAAAACAACUGCAUACCAAAGGUGCCAUGGAGCUUUGCCACUGAAUGAAGUGCUAUGCAAAAGUAGGUCUAGUUCAGUGGGAAGU